CGUCUAUAAAAAUUUUUCAGUGGUGUGGGAGACUUGCGCAAUCGUACAGAAUAAAUUCUUGACCUUUUCCUUUUGAGAUUGGCAUGGCGGACAUAGUGGAUGAAAUUAUGAUGGAUUGCGACGAUAACGUAGAAAUUAUUUCUGCAGCUCCUGAAGAGCUUGCAGAAACCAAAAAGGAACAUGGAAAUGAACUAUACAAGACCAAACAAUAUCAUUUGGCCCUUUCAUUCUACUCGGAAGCCAUCAAAUUAUGUCCAGAAACACCAUCCUACUAUGGUAACAGGGCAGCAUGCCUUAUGAUGUUGAACAGAUUCCAGGAUGCUUUAGAAGACGCCAGAAGAUCAGUCCAACUUGACAACAAAUUCAUCAAAGGCUAUGUCAGGAUUGCAAAAUGUGCAAUAGCACUUGGAGAUCUGGUCACUGCAGAAGGUACAUUGAGAGUAAUGGAAACAUUGAAUCAAGCAGGAGCAGUGGCAGCUGAAAAGAAGUCUUUACUAAAAUUGCAACAGUUCGAAUUGGAAGCUCAGAGAGCCUAUGAGAAAAAAGAUUUUCGGAAGGUUGUUUACUGCAUGGAUCGGUGUUUGGACGAAUCUCCAACUUGUCCCCGUUAUAAACUGAUAAAAGCUGAAUGCUUAGCUUUCCUGGGUAGGUAUGUUGAGUCUCAAGAAAUCGCAAAUAGCAUCCUUCACCUAGAUAAAGGAAAUGCUGAAGCUAUUUAUGUCAGAGGAAUUUGCUUAUUCUAUGAAGAUAACAUAGAUAGUGCUGUGAAUUAUUUCCAGCAAGUGCUCAGAUUGGCACCCGAUCAUGCUAAAGCCAUGGAACUUUACAAGAGAGCCAAACAACUGAAGAAGAAGAAAGAGGAAGGAAAUGAAGCUUACAACGCCGGAAAAUAUGCUGAUGCCCUUAACCUAUUUUCAGAAGCUUUAAAAAUUGACCCCCUGAAUAAGAUGACUAAUGCCAAAUUACAUUUCAAUAGAGCUACAGCUUUAUCUAAAUUGAAUAAGUAUGAAGAGGCUGUAGUAGAUUGCACAGCAGCCAUUAGUUUGAAUCCAAAUUAUAUGAAAGCUUUACUGAGAAGGGCCAAGUGCUACAUGGAUCUGGAGAAUUAUGAAGAGGCUGUUAAAGAUUACGAGAAGAUAAACAAAAUUGACAAAAGUCGGGAGAAUAGGAGGUUGCUUCAAGACGCCAAAUUGGCUCUGAAAAAAUCUAAGCGUAAGGACUACUACAAAAUUCUUGGAGUGGAUAAAAAUGCAACAGAAGACGAAAUAAAGAAGGCAUAUAGAAAAAGGGCUCUCAUUCAUCAUCCGGAUCGUCACGCAAAUGCUUCUGAUGGGGAGAAAAAAGAACAAGAAAAGAAAUUCAAGGAAGUUGGAGAAGCUUAUGGCAUUCUCUCGGAUCCAAAGAAGAAAUGUCGGUAUGAUUCUGGUCAAGAUAUGGAAGAUUUUGGCUGUGGAAUGUCAGAUAUUGAUCCUAGUCAAGUGUUCCAGUCCUUCUUCAGUUCUCCGCAUGGUUCCCAGUACUCCUUCGGAGGUGACUUCCCAGGAGGUUUCAGUUUCCAAUUUGGCUGAUUUAUUUCUCAUCUUCAAAAUGUUCAGAACAUCAAUUUCCAUUUGUAAAAUAAUCUUUGUCUGUUACCACAUUCCUAAUUUUUCAUCUAGCUUUUUACUUAUGAGAAAUUCACAACUUGUUAGUAUUUAUUGCUAGUAACAAUGUUCUGAAAUAUCUUGUUUCAUCAUGGUUGUUUUACUGAAGAAUAUAACCACAUUAAUAUUACUAUUAAUGAGUUAUGGUAUAGUAUCAAUCUUUAGCUCUCGAUCCCCUAGAGCUUAGAAAUUUUGUGAUAAUUUAGUAAAAUAUAAAGUUAGUCUUUAUGAAAAA